GGGAAAUCAAUGUUAUUUCGCUUUCCACCUUUGGUGCAAGAAGCUGUCAGUGUUUCUAAAAGAGCACAAGCUAGGUUGUAGAUGUUAAUGACGCCCCAACUAAUGUGAUCACCCUGUGCUGGAGUGAAAUUUCUUGGGAAACUAAGAUUUCUCAGCUGUUUUUGUCUCAUUUUAUCCAAGGUGAAAGUGAAACUGACUGCUAAAUAUAGACAACUGCUUAAGGAAAUUUCAGAGGAUGGCUAGGAAACUUAGAGACAGUGACAUUAAUCCGUGCUUAGAGGAAUCAGAUGCUUCCAGGAAGUGCUUAGAUAUGAAUAAUUACAGCAAGGACAAGUGUACAUUGUACUUCUUACACUAUAAAAACUGCAGGGCAUUUUGGAACAAUAUAGCAGCACAGAGGAGGAGAGAUGGAGUGAAACCAGUAAUUCCACCUGCAGAUGAGAGAGUGAGGAUAUUACAAGAUAUAGGAGGGAAACCAUAUUGAUCCUAACUUUAACUAUGCAAUAAAUAGUAAAUGUUUGAAUAUACUCCUUAUGAAAAUAAUAUAAGUUAACAAGUGAGAAGGCUUUUUAUUUGUAGAAAAGUACUAAAUUGUUUUAUUGGCUUUAUAUUAAAAAAAAUAUCUUUUUCCUUG